UGCGCCCUCAACCAAGAUGGCGGCGUUGGAGUUCAGGCUGCCCGUGGCGAGGAAGCGUUUAGCGGCCACCCUGUCCCGGAGCAGCGACCGGGAUUUAGUGGUCCCCGGGGACACCAUCACCACCGACCCGGGAUACAUGCGGGGUCACGGAACCUACCUGGGGGAUGAGAAGCUGAUCGCUUCGGUGGCGGGAGUUGUGGAAAGAGUGAACAAACUGGUGUGUGUCAAAGCGUUAAAAACCAGGUACAAUGGUGAAGUUGGAGACAUUGUCGUUGGGCGAAUUACAGAGGUUCAGCAGAAACGAUGGAAGGUGGAGACUAAUUCUAGGCUAGAAUCUGUGCUGUUGCUCUCAUCCAUGAAUCUUCCAGGCGGAGAGUUGAGACGCCGAUCUGCAGAAGAUGAGCUGGCCAUGAGGGAUUUCCUUCAAGAAGGAGACCUUGUCAGUGCCGAAGUCCAAGCGGUGUUUUCCGACGGGGCAGUCUCGUUGCAUACUCGAAGUCUCAAGUACGGAAAGCUCGGCCAGGGGGUCUUAGUCCAGGUCUCUCCGUCUUUAGUGAAACGUCAGAAAACUCACUUCCACGACUUACCGUGCGGGGCUUCCGUCAUUCUUGGCAACAAUGGCUUCAUCUGGAUCUACCCUACUGCUGAGCAGAAAGAGGACGAGGCUGGGGGCUUCGUGGCUAACCUGGAGCCGGUGCCCCUGUCUGACCGCGAGGUCAUCUCCCGCCUCCGAAACUGUAUCCUGGCUCUGGUCUCCCAGAAGAUGAGUUUGUACGAUACCAGCAUCCUUUACUGUUACGAAGCUUCUCUCCCUCACCAGAUCAAAGACCUUCUCAAACCAGAAGUGAUGGAGGAGAUUGCGUUGCAGACACGCCAGAGGCUCCUCGAACUGGAAGGAUGAGGAUAGAGAAGGAGUGGUGAGGAGCGGCAAGGAUUCCUUCCUUCCUUCCUUCCAUCCACUCAUCCAUCCAUCUCCUUCCUUCUUUCCCUCCCUCCCUUUUCUUCCAUCUUUUCUUUUUUCCUUCUUAUCCCUAUCUCUCUUCCUUCUUCCAUCCAUCCAUCCAUCCCUUUGCUUCCUUCCUUCCACCCACUAUCCAUCCAUCCAUCUAUCCAUCCCAUUCAUCUCAUAUACUCAUUCUUUUCAUUUUUUCUUUUCCUCCCGCCUUUUCUUCCAUCUUUUCUUCUGUCCUUCUUAUCCCAUCCUUCUUCCAUCCAUCCCAUUCAUCUUCCUUUUCUUCUCUUUUCUUCUUCCAUCUUUUCUUCUUCCCUUCCUUCUUAUCCCAUCCCUCUCUUCCAUUUUCCAUUCAUCUCCCUUCCUUCCUUCCUUCCACCCACCCACCCACCUAUCAUCCAUUCAUUUCAUAUCUUCCUUCUUUCCAUCUUCCCUUCCCUCCCUCCUUCCCUCCCUCCCCUCUCUUCUUCCAUCUUUUCUUCUGUCCUUAUCCCAUCCCUGUCGUCCUUCUUCCAUCCAUCCCAUUCAUCUCCCUUCCUUCCUCGCGUGGCCUGGUUUCCAAACAGGCCGUGGCCCGGUAGUAGGCUGCAGCCCAGGUUGUUGUGGCACCCUGUUGUAGACCACAGAGAGUUGUGGUCCCAUUGUCUGUCCAUCUUCUCUCUUUCUGUGAACAAUAUCAAAAGCUUGGACGUCGCCUUGCUCCAUGACCUCUUAACCUGGAAAUAUCAUUGGAGAAGAUUCUAGACUCAACAGGAAGGAUGAGCAGCAAGGAAGAGCUAAUAUAAUUCUCACCCUUCUUUUCUUCAAACAUCUCCACACGUUCCAGUUUUUUAUUCCUCUUCUUUUAUUUGAACAUUGCUCCAGUGUUUGUCCCUAGCCUGCUAAAUGCUUGAUUUUAACGUUCAGCAUCCCUAAAAAUCCAAAUUUGGAUUUUUUUUUGAAAAUCCAAAAAUUGCACAAGAAAGAGAUUUCUUAAGCGUAAAAAUGGUUCAUUACCGCAAAAAGGAUCUGAAGUUAAAAAAGAGAACCUACCCAGCACCAAUUCCUGUGUAAUUUACAUCUCUCCUCCUUAAACUGUGUAUCUUAAUUAAAGAAAAUGUUACAAGCUGCCUGGGAGUCACCUAUGAGCGAGUUUGGAAGGCUAUUUAAAUAUGUUUAAUCAAUAAAUAAUCUUUUUAAAUUU